AUGGCGGUUUCUUCUAAUAACAAGUCUCCUUCUCCACUCUCUAUAAGAUCCUUUCCACCUCAUCCAAGAACCUUCGAAAACAACAAUUCUACACCCAGAAGAAGCUUCAACGACAACCUUUUUUCGCGGCCUUCGGUUCUUGCAACCCACAGAGGAUUCAACCCUGUUACUCCUGCUAAUAUCCAUGCUGAUUCGACAAGAAUGGUCUCUAAUUCUGGGAAAGGAGAGUUCGGUUCUUCUUCUUUGUCAUGGGGUUUUGAUGAGAAGGAGAAUGAAUCCAAAGAGGCGAAACUGAAAUCACCGGCAAAGGGUUCCAAGAAUUUCAUUUCUAUGACGAUUUUAGCUUCUUCCAAGAUUGCUCAAUCCCCGAAAAAGAAAAUCUUGGUGGAAGGAAAUGAUCCUGUAAGGACUUCAAUCACCUUAUCCGACGGUAAAGCUACGUUCUAUUCUGCAAAUUUUGAAGAACAUAAUCAAAAUUCAGAGAAGGUUAUAGAGCCUAAGGAGACUGUUCCUGUUGAUGGUCUUCCUCCGAUUACCAAAACCCCAAAAAUAGUAACAUUUUUGAAGGAGAAUGAAUCCAAAGCAGCAAAACUGAAAUCACCGGUAAAGGGUUCCAAGAAUUUCUUGUCUCUGACGAUUUCAGCUUCUUCCAAGAUUGCUCAAUCCCCGAAAAAGAAAAUCUUGGUGGAAAUAAAUGAUCCUGUAAGGACUUCAAUCACCUUAUCCGACGGUAAAGCUACGUUCUUUUCUACAAAUUCUGAAGAACAUAAUCAAAAUUCUGAGAAGGUUAUGGAUCCUAAGGAGACUAUUCCUGUUGAUGGUUUUCCUUCGGUUACCAAAACCCUAAAAAGGGUAAUGUUUUCGGAGGUAUCUUUAAAUUCGGAAUCCCUUUCUGAUAUUGUAGCAAUGGAUUCUGACAUUUGCAAUGAUGAACCAUUGAACCUUUCAAACACAGAUAGCAGAGAAAGUUCUCUAAUUGAAGAUUUAUUGGAAGAGUCUGAUGGUUAUUCUUUAGAAGAGGCGUUCACUGAAGCAACGGUUGAUCAAGAAGAGGAACCUGCAAUGCCUAUUGCUAAGCAAAUUAAUGAACCUGCACUACCUGUUGUUGAGGAUAUAUCUGAGGCAAAAAUAAAAUCAAAAGCAAGAUCUUCAACAAUAUUGAGGUUUUUAUCUCUGAUGUUGGUACUUAUGAUUGCUUUCUUAUCAUUCUCAGUAACUGAUUCUCCUAUACUUGCUACCCCUGCGUCUAUUAUAGACUUAAGAUUCUCUAAUAUUAGUAUUCCAUCACCUAUUUCGGUCUUGGCUUUUCCAGUCUUAGCUAAGGCUAAUAGUUACUUUAAGCAAUUCUCGGGUGAAGUGGUUUCUUAUUUCUCAAAGUUUAUUAAUGACCUUGGUAGAAUAGAUGAUGUGCAUCCCCGAUUAAAUUCAUGA